UGGGCACAGGUGGGUGGGCACUGGUGGGCGGGCACAGGUGGGUGGCACUUCUGGGCACAGGUGGGUGCACUUCUGGGCACAGGUAGGUUGCACUUCUGGGCACAGGUAGGUGGCACUGCAGAGUGGCACAGGUGGGUGCACUGCUGGGCACAGGUGGGUGCACUGCUGGGCACAGGUGGGUGGAACUUGCGGGUGGCACUGCUGGGCACCGAUCAUCAGGGCACUGAUCAUCAGUACCCUGAUGAUCGGUGCCGAUCCCCGCUCUGACAACUGCCGGUUCUCGGCAGUACUUUCCUCACGAUCUGACAGCGUGAGGAAAGUGCAGCCGAGAACCGGCACUUGCAU